CGCCGGGGAGCCGGGAGCCCGGUUUCCCCGCCAACCCCCAUCCCGCCCGCCCCGGCGGCCACCCUGGGGGCGAGGCAGCCCGGCGCGUGGGAGGGGACGGCGCGCCAUUGGCUUGUGCGCGGAACCGAGAGGAGGGACCAGCGCGGGCCGCCAGACUCGGUAAGCCCCGGCCGCGCAGGGCGCCGCGCGCAGUCCAGCCGUUCCGGCCCUGCCCUGUCCUGCCCUGCCCUGCCCUGCCCUGCCCUGCACUGCCCGGCCCCGCACGGGCGGCGCGAUGUGAGGCGCCCGAGCCCGGAGUCUCCGCCUGGCAUCAGCUCCACGCAGCCCGGCGCCGGCACGCGCGAGGCCCAUUUGGCUGACUGAGGACGCGACGGGCACUCAGCUUCUCUCUGCAUCUCAGUCGCCCAGCACAGGGGCUGGCACGCACCCUUCCGCAGAGGCCGGGCUGGAGGAGAAGAUGGCGGCCAAGCAGCCCCCGCCUCUGAUGAAGAAGCACAGCCAGACGGACCUCGUGAGCCGCCUGAAGACCCGCAAGAUCCUCGGCGUGGGCGGGGAGGAUGACGACGGGGAGGUGCAUCGCUCCAAGAUCAGCCAGGUCUUGGGCAAUGAAAUCAAGUUUACCGUUCGGGAGCCUUUGGGGCUCAGGGUCUGGCAGUUCGUCUCUGCUGUGCUCUUCUCCGGCAUUGCCAUCAUGGCGCUUGCCUUCCCUGACCAGCUCUAUGAUGCCGUCUUUGAUGGAGCCCAGGUGACCAGCAAGACCCCCAUCCGCCUCUACGGCGGUGCCCUCCUCAGCAUCUCCUUGAUCAUGUGGAACGCUCUCUACACGGCUGAGAAGGUCAUCAUUCGAUGGACCCUGCUCACCGAAGCCUGCUAUUUCGGGGUCCAGUUCUUGGGGGUCUCUGAAACAUCUCCAGCCUCAGCCCUGCUUCUGGCCUUCUCUCUCAUCCAGACAUGGCCGCAGCCUCUGGGCUGGGACUGGCCUCCCUACCUCCCCGUCAAUCCAGUGCUUCCCUGCUGCCAGAAAGACCUUUCCAGAAAGCACAUGUCACCACAGCCCUCUCUUCCCGGAACCCGACCUCUACAGGAGACCAAGCUGCCUCCUGCAGACCACAGGACCUCCAAGACUCACCAUGGCCACCUCUUGUUAUUCCUGCCCUGACUUUCCUAUCAACAUCAUCAAAGGACAGUCCCCCAGAGGUAUCUCCCUGAGGCUUACUCAGUUCCUCUGCUCAUGCCGACCCCUUCCGUUUGGAUUGCCUUUCCAACUACGCCAGUCCCACUUAAUUCCUAUUCAUCCUUUAAGACUCGUCACAGGCAUCACCUCCGCCAGGAAGCCUUCCCUGAUUCCCCCCUCCUGCCCCCAUCAAGCCAAGCUCGGUGCCUUCCCCUAGUAUAAUAUCCCACAGCUUCUGCUGACAUCCACCACUGCCCCCACCAAAAUCUAUACCAUAACAUCAUCAGCCAGUGUUCCUGGUGAAUCCCAGAGGCGCAGAAUCGUGGCUGUGCCCUCCUGGGACACAGUAGGGUUGCACAUUGGUUUGGACUGAGUAAAACCCCUCCACAUAGGGAGUGUUAAUUCAGCAAUGUGUGCAGGAAGCCUGGUGCUGGGCUAAGGCAUGCUUCCGGUCAUUCGUAUCCUCCUCGCCUCCAACAGCUAGAAAGUGGAGCAACAAGGAUUCAAACCCACAGCCGUGCUCUCCUGUGCUCCCUUUCCUCUCUCUGUUGUACCCUCUCCCGGGACAACAGCCCAGGGCAGGGCCUUCCUAAUGCCCCGCUUGCUCACCCUUCUCUCCUCAGAUCUUCCUGAGGCCUGAAAGCCUAGAGCUGCUUGCUUCGCUCCCUGCCUGGGAUGGGAGGCACCAGGACAACCCCUUCCCUUUCUCCAGGCCCUGCCCUCCCAGAGGGCAGUGGGCAGGCCUGAGAUUCAGUGGGGACCCAUAGGGAUGGCUGUCCUGCUGUCUGGCCGGCAUCUCUUCUGGUUGGUUCCUGCCAGUGCGUACCGGCUGUUAAGCAUCUCAACCGUCACCACCGACUGUGGGGUCUUUGGCUCUUCCUUCAUCACCAAGCCCAGGCUCGCCUCCUGCAGAACAGUCCCCCAGGAUACCACUUCCAGGCCAGCUUGCCAGCCACAUCCCUGGCAUCAUCCCUGACUUUCUAGAAGGAACAUCUAACUGCAUCCAACCAGCAUGGUCCUAAGCAUGGGCUCUGAAGUCGGACACAACCGGGUUCGAAUCCCAGCCCACCACCUUUUCUACCUCUGUGUCUCCCCGCUGUACCUGCACAGAGCAGGGUGGACAGCUCUUAUCACGUCUACACCUAACUCUACCUUCACAGGUUACUCAUAGGCCUGCUGUUCCCUGUUAGACCAGAAACCCAGGACAAUGCCUUGCACCGCAGAGCUUUCUAUUCUGACCCGUCUCUCCUUUCAGCUCUUGGCUGACUUCAGCUCCAUGCAUCUUCAGUCACCCUGUGCCCUUUGGAAAGGGAAAAGAGGAUAGGAAAGAACAUUUAUUGAGCACUGACUCAUGGCCAGUCACGUGCCAACUCCGCAGAACUGACUGCCUUUAAUCUCUCAACAAGCCCCUAAAGCAGGACGUACUAUGCCCAUUUUACAGAUGAGGACACUGAGGCUCAGAGAGGUCAAGUAACCUGGCCAGUGUCACACAGCUUGUACGCGCAGACUGGGCUUCAAAAGCACCACUCACCCAACUCCAGAUCCUGUGCUCUACCUGAUCCAGGAGCAGAUGUUCAAGCAGAGAAUUGGGCACAAGGAGCACUGGCCUAGGAGUCUGGAGCCCAGGCUCCUGCUCUGUAAGUCACUGCUGUGUGACCUUGGGCAAAUCACUUUCUCUCUCUGGCCUCAGUGCCUUCUUGUGUCAAAUGGCAGAGCAGGAAUCUAAUGGCCUGACUGUUUCCUCUGUCAGGCCCUGACUUGGAUGAACGGGCCUUUGGAGCAGAGCAGCCACAACAGCGAGAGGCUGAGUAGUCCUGUGCAGGAGGCCAGGCUCUGCCAUCCCUCCCUCUGCCCACCCGGGCAGAGCUUCUCUCCAGGGUAGGAUCCAGCUUCAGCCAGCUCUGGCUCUUUAGCAAUUAAGGGGUGUAAUAAAUACAGCAGCUCAUAAACGGACUACCUGUAUUUAUUGUGUACCAUAUUCGUUGCACAUUACAUCUCAUGGCCCGGGCUUGCGGAGCGCUGGGCUCCCAGACAAAUGCAAUCAAAGGAGAUGUGUCUCCUGGGAAGAACCUCCCACAACCUCAAAGUUGAGUCAGGUAGGAAAAUAGAUGAUGUGAGCCCGGGGGCCAGUGAAGAAUAUGGAGGCCCGGGUUCCAGUUUCAGAGCAGGGUGCAUGAGUAAAAAGAGGGCUUUGGUGCCCAACAGGGGGUUGUCUCCCAGCUCUGCCAAGCUUAGCUGGUGGGGCAAGUUACUAAACUGCAUACAACUGAAUUCCUUCUCUGUAAAGUCCGGAUAAAAAUAAUGCCUUCCUCGGCCGGGCGCGGUGGCUCACGCCUGUAAUCCCAGCACUUUGGGAGCCUGAGGCGGGCAGAUCACCUGAGGUCAGGAGUUUGAGACCAGCUUGGCCAACGUGGCGAAACUCUGUCUCUACUAAAAAUAACAAAAAUUAGCUGGGGUUGGUGGCAGGGACGUGUAAACCCAGCAACUCAGGAGGCUGAGGCAGGAGAAUUGCUUGAACCCAGGAGGAAGAGGUGGCAGUGAGCCGAGAUCAUGCCUUUGCACCCCAGCCUGGGCAACAAGAGCAAAACUCCAUCUCAAA